UGAGAGGAUCGAUAUGGAGUAAACCAGCCCCGGGUAUGAAAACACGCUGAGAAAAGAAGCUUGUCAUGGCGGACCCAGAGAUGUCAACACAGAGCGGGGGCUAUGACGUGGAGCUGUUUGUGGACACUCCGGACUACGAUCUGAUCUGCACCAUAUGCCAAGGGGUCCUCAGAUGUCCAGUAAGAGCUGCGUGCCACCACAUUUUCUGCAAGAAAUGCAUCUUGCAGUGGCUAAAAAGACAGGAGACCUGCCCAUGUUGCAGGAAGCCGGUGAACCCAAGCUUGAUCUUUGUCAUGUUCAAGCUGAGCAAAUCUAUUGGACGCCUAAAGAUCAAGUGUAAGAAUGAGAUCCGUGGCUGUGCAGAGACCUUCCCCCUCUCAGAACAGUACUGCCACAGCAUGAGCUGUUCAUAUGAGCUCAUCCCCUGCCCCUACCAGGGCUGCAGGGUGCAGCUCCUCCGCAGGGACGUCGAGACCCAUGCACAUCACUGCGAGCACUGGCGCCAGCCCUGCCACAUGGGCUGUGGGACAAUACUUUCCCACCGCACCCAGGCUCAACACAACUGUUACAAGCAGCUGAGGCAGGAGUAUGAAGCCAGGCAAAGGAACCACAGGGCCAUUGCCACCACCUUACAGCGGAAGAUGAGGAGAAUGCAGAGUACUAUGGCCCACAUGAAAAGGCAGAUUGGGCUUAUCUGUGAGAGUCUGGAGGUGAUGGAUGAUCUGCACGAGGUGGAAGAGGAGGACCUUGGAGAGAGCAGUGGCAGCGCCAGUGGGACUCCAAGUAGCAGCAGCAGCUGCUGAGGGAGCGAUUCAGUCACUGCUGCUGGUUGGGCUACUGCUGUGUAUAAAUUCUGCAUGUGUUUAUUACUUUGAAGGACUUUGUGUACGAGAAUAUAAACCGUGCCUCGGUAGAGGCGGUAGUGAGCAUGUUUUCUCGCAGAGGAAAUCUCGCGAUGACACUUUCAGAUAUAACCCGGCGGAACCGC